UCAGCCUCUCUCGUUCGCGCAUGGCAAAUUUUCGCGAGCGUACUUCAUUAUACGGGUGUUUACAUUCGCUCGAUUUACCACAUGAAAACACGUUUCCACGGUGCUCGUGCUUGCGCGCGCGCUCAAGAGGAAGAGAGAGAGGCCGUUCUCGAGCGCGGCACGAUCUGGAGAUCGUAGGCCUUCGAACGCGACCGAAUGCAAUUUCCGACGGUUCCCGUUUGCCAGCGACUCGUCGUGACUCUCCAAACGAUCGUCUUACAGACGUAAUCCGUCGACUUUCGGCUUAUCGCGUUAUCGUCUCUUCGUACAUCGCCUUCUACUUCGUAAAACCGUCGCCGGUACGACGAUGAUAAGUUGAUUUUCGGUGACAAAAGAACGAUCACAAUCGGUAAUUGCAAGCUCGUUGGAACGAGCAGUCUUUGAAUCACGACGGCGCGUCGUUGUAUUAUGCGAAUAUAACAGGCAGCGUGGCGCAGUCCCAAGGGCGCUCCCCUCUGGAGACUAGAAACGAAUCGCGAUGGCUCGAAGGCAGACACGUGGAAUAAAUUGCUUGUUACCGGCAGCGAUCCAUAACGAGGGGGCAUCGACGCAACCUAGACACAAGCCGCAUUUCACUUUUCCGUCGACGUUGAAAAGCCGCCGCUCGCUGCUGAUUUUCUCGCCGGAAGCGAUAAUCGCUAGCAGCGAUACUCUCGUUGGUCGAACCUAGGCUCUCUUCUCCGAUCGCGACGAUCGAUCGGCGACGUAAAGCAAACCUCGACUCUCCUCCGAAAAUCGAUCGCCGGACGAGCUUUGAGCUCGUUCCAGGCUUCUUUCAUCUUUCGAAUCGAGAAAAAUAAUUACAAAAUGUGUCUCGCGUCGGUCGGCAUCGAGCCCCUACUUGCAUUAUUAAUGAGACUCUUCUCGACUCUUCCUCUUUCUCUCUCCGUCCUCCCUCCGCCGUCCCGCGAGCCGCCUCCUCUCGCUCUUCGUCGUUCGCUCUCGUUCCUUCUCGUCCAAGCCAUAGCCGCGUCUUCCCCCGCGUCGUCCGCUCUCGUCGCUCUCGAGGCACCGUCGUCUGCGAUUCUAAUGACACCUCGUCGACAUCUUGGAAUUUUAUUAUCCUUGCAUCCACUUCGUUAGGCACAACCACGCGAGGAAACGAAAACGAGCCUGUUGGAGCGAGUAGACGGUAAAAGGGGGAGCGGAGACAAGGAAUCCGUUUCCAUCGCUCUUUCUCGAUUUUACGUUCGUACGUCUCCAAAGUUUCGCUUUUCAGCCACGAUCGAGACCCUCGGACUCCUACGUGGGUAUUUUCAAAGAGAAAUUAGUUCGAAAAAAGUUGAUACGUCGGCUCGAAUAAGGAUCAGCGAGCGGAUAAAAUUAUAGAUUUUUCUUUAAUUAGCCGAGUGCAGUAGAUUUUUUAACCGAGACCUUAAUCCACGACCGAUUUUCGCUCCGUGCCAGGGACAACGUGGCGUCGUGCCAGAACAGAAAUCACGGGAUAUAACCGAGGUCAUAACCAUGCCGGAAUAGACGAGAACGAUUAUUUUUAUGUACGAAUGUCGUACCUGGUUAAUGGAAUUCUUACCAUUAUCGCGCUCCUAUCGGAUCUCGUCGAACCGAGCCGAUUUUAUUCGCCGGUCGAAACGAAAUUCAUCGAUGCUCUUGCGAAAUAACGCGAAGCUUUCGAAAAUAAUGAGAUUAUUUCGAAUUAAUAGGCUCCAUCGGUCGGUUCUCGUCCAGUACCGGGGGGAUAAAAGCCAUCGCUCGAAAGGGGUGCGUGCAAAGGGUUCGAAACGACGGAGUCUCGACAAGGCCCGUCGAAAUCGACGAACGAAACGAACGGAGACGUUGCUCUCUCUCUCUCUCUAAUACAAUUUUAUACCGAAUUUCUCUUUUUCUCUCUUUUCAAAAGCAAACGUUAAUUUCGGACCUUUUUGUCCGAUCGAGAAAUCCGUAGGCGACACCUCGAUAGGAACGCGCGAACUUACAAACUCGAAAGUUUAAACGUUUUCCUCGAGCAACGGGAACAGCUUUUACAUACCGAGGAUUUCUCCGCUCCUCGAAGACGUGGAAAUAUUACGCGCGGCUUCUACACGAUCCUCCGCGCUACUUUGCCAAACUUGUUAAUAAAAUGAUUUAUCGGCGAGCGCGUUCCCCUGGGACGUAUUUUUCACGAACGCGAAACAAACAAUGAAAUGCAUCGUUAAUCGUUUCUCCAGUUUACUCGAUACUCUUCUUAUCGUUGUUUCCAACGCUUUGUACCCGAGUCGUAAUAAAUUAGCAAAGUACUUGAUAACUUUGAAGAAUAGAAGCCAAGAGAAACGUGGAACGUGAAACGUGCCUCAUUAUAUCGAGCUCCUAAGGGGAUUCCUCUCGUUUGCGAUGGGAAUUUUCCGAAACGCGAAAGUCUGCGCGAAAGGCGGAGGAAAGCUGUUUCAGAAAGUCAUUAUCGCUCGGCACGAGCUUUCUUCUCGACGAACCGAUGCGGUUGCCGCGAUUCCACGACUGUGAAAAUGAUUAUUCUUGAGCGAAAUCCGCGAGGCAGAGGAAGACGAGAGAGAGAGAGAGAGAAAGAGAAAGAGAGAGAGGAAGAAAUAUUCCCAACUUUAAAAGACCGUUACCUUUUCGAGCUUUCGCUCCGGAGACUUUUAUUGUUCGCGCCCAUUUUGCUUUUUUACUUUUGUUACCUAUAAAGCGAGCAAAAGGUAAAGCAAGGAAAAUAAUAAUAAGGAAGCACGAGAGUUAAAUGCAACGUUACGGCGAAAGGUCUUGUACGCUUUCCGAAAGAUUGGUAAAUAUUUUUAACGUAAUUCGGUGUAGUAAUAAAUCGACGUUCGAAAGCCCGAGAAAUCGGCAAAGCGAACGCGAUGAGGGAUAAGACGAGAGAGAGAGAGAGAGAGGGAGAUUCGACUGGUACAUCGCUGACGGAACAAUUUCAUCGUAAGCCGAGAAGGACGGUUCGUAGUUGCAAUCGAUAUCCACGUAAUACUUGCGAGUACUCGAGUUCGGUCCGACGCCUCCGGAUAUUCCAACGACGAGCUUUCCAAUCGAGAAUUUGCUCUCGCUCUCUUUCCAUCUAUCCAUCUUCCUCUUUCCCCGUUACUUCGCCUCCUUAUCCUUAGAUACCGGAAUGCUCGGACUUUCCAAGCAAUUACAGUGGCUCUCCAAUGAACUCUGCUGACUGGCUAGAGUUUCGCGCCGAGUCGACCUUUGACAUCUCGGGAACAAUGAAAAAAAAUUUCAUUUCUCCGAAUAGGUCGAAUCGAGCAGCCGAUCGCAAUUUUUUAUUCGAGAUUCUUGCAUCGUCGAACGAGUCGUAAACAAAUCUAUCUCCGAAGGGCGUUCCUGGAUACAGCGAACGAUAUAUUCACGAGCGGGUUUCGAUUCAAUUUCUUGGCGAAGUCUUGCGCUCGCUACGCCGAAUGUACUGUAACUCGAUACUUUUCUUAACAAAAGAUAUUUCUUCGUCGGGGGUGCGCAAAGGUAAGAGGCGCGUCGAGAGGGAAAAAGGAAGAGAACGAAUUUCUACUCGCGACGGCCUAGUGGACGAUUCCCGAUACUUUGGAGUAGAAAACUUGUAGUACCUCUUCUGGAGGGACGCGAAGAGUCGCGGGAAAGAAGAAAGAAGCGAAAGGGGGAGAAAAGAAGCAGAAUCGAGAACGCAAAGUCGACCGAGCUCUUCGACGGCCGUGCAUCCGAACGCGUAGAUACGCCGCGUGCUCUCUUAUCUCUGCUCCGUGUAUACUUUUGCCUUUGCGUCCUCGCCAAAGGAGACGAAAAAAAUGUUCCUUCCAGUACCGCGUUCGUCUCUCUUAUCGAGAAAACAACAAAUAUUGGCUCGUACUCGGUUUAUGUGAUAUUUGUAUUUAUUUAUUUUUUUUUUCUUCGUUCCUUCUCCCUUACUCCUCGGAGAGCAAACGGAGUCUUUUGGGAAAUAAGAGAGACGGGCGCGUUGUCGUCGAGCCGGCCGAAUUCUUACACGUACGUGCACGCGCGUACGAAUACGCGGAGCCAGAUGGAUAUAGCGGCGAGUCGACUCGAUCGCAACUUUAAAUGGAAUCGGUCGGAUUCCGCUGAUCUAUUUCCUUUUUUUAUCUUUUGUUUGUUUGUUUUCUUUUUUUUUGCGACACGGAUCGCGAAAUACGAGACGAAAUUUCCGAGAAGGACUAUUUGUUUAUUAGGCGUUCGGUAAAUCGCGUCGGGCAAAAACCGAUUUCUCUCCGACAAGGUCGACUCGAUUUUUGUUUUCGAACGUGCUCGCUAUCAUAUCGAUGGUCGGCGUCGGUGCGUUCGGCAAACGAACGGGCAAUUAACGGAUGGUGCAAUUAAUCGAUCGACGAACGACGGGAGGGUAGGAGAGCGGGCAAGAGAGAAAGUCGAUUCUUCUGGUUGCGCUCCGGUGGCAACUUUAAACGUUUCGGACCUAAAUCCUCCUCGGAGAGAAGAUAGCGCUCCUCGCCGAUGGAACGAUAUCGAGAUAUCGCAUUAAUACCGUAGAAAAUAUAAAACGAGACGCAACGAAAGGUUCCGGGUUUAUUUCGAUACGUAACCGGCGUGCUAAAUGGCGAACCGAAUGGCGAACUACCGAAAGAGAAUCCGGUAGAACGUGAACGAGCAUCGACGUUUCGGAGUUGAAUGGCAUACGCGACACCGCUUAUUACCGUUCGUCUCGUGACUUAUUACCGGUCACGGUAAUAACGGCUACGUCGAAUUUAUCGGCGCCGUUAACGCGAUACGAAUCGAGGUCGAUAUGUUCCACGAGAAGGUCCUGGUGGCAACGUUCGCCUCCUGUCAACGCGCGUUACAUCCGCCGUAUUCGUUCGGUCGAUCGAAAAGAUUCGUCGAAUCUUCGAUCUUACCGAGCCGAGCGCUCGCUCGGAAUCCUCGCGGCAUACAAAGCGAUCCUGCGAAGCGAUCGAUCGAAAGUGACUGACGACGAUCCGUUCUACUCGCGAAUUUGAUUUCGCGAUUCGUGGGAAACUCGAUCGAUCGCUUGAUCUCGAGCAACGUUCCGACGAACGGCGAAACGCACCUAGAGAUACGAUAAGCGAGAACGGAGAAAGAGUUCGCGGGCGCAAGGGCCUAUCGAAGUAGAAAGGUCCGAACGAGGUCGUGUAAUUUCUUCCCGCGGGGAUGUAACGUCUAGCCAGUCGAAGAGGCUGGGGACGACGGACGUGAAAUGAAAGGUGGAGUGGCACUCGUGGAUUCGAACAAUGCGAUAACGCUCGUACGAAACGAACGCGUGAGCAGCCGGCCAGGAGCUUUCUUUUCGUCGGUCGGCUGUUAGAACGUGCAGUGGCUGAUCUGUUCCUGCGUUCUAAUGGCGACGGCGGUCCUUUCCUGCCGGCGAAGCGAAUUUCAAUGCAACAACGGCCAUUGCGUCGCGUUGAACAAGGUUUGCAACGUCGUCGACGACUGCGGGGACGGAAGCGACGAGGUCCGUCAGUGCUCGCCCUGUAACAAAACGUACUUUGGCGACGUAGGAAAGACUUACGGUUUGGAAUUGCAUCGGCCGAAGGAAGACAAGGUGCCUUACAUUUGCAAGCUUACCUUCACCGCACCCGGCGGCGAUCUCGGUGAUAUCAUACAGCUGAACUUUGACAGCUUCACCCUUGGCAAAUUCGUUUCGUUCACCGCGGAAGGAUGUCCAGACGGAUCGUUGCAAAUCUCAGAGGCGGAACGUCCCGACGUAGGAGGACUUUGGUGCGGUACGACGAGAGAUCCAGCCAUUUACUACAGCGAAACGUCCAGCGUCUCCAUAACUUUGAAACUUCUACGACUCAGCAAGGAUCAGAAGGCAUUCAAUUUCGAUUUUCGGAUGGCGUACAAGAUGAUCAGAAAAUCCGACGCCGUUGUGCGCUACGGGAAUCCUUUCGUAGGAAUGACGCAGGUAACGACGGCGAGGACGACGAGGACGACGACGACGACGACGACGACGACGACGACGACGUCGAUGACGACGAAGGCAACGGUGAGUACCGAGGACAGACCUACCGCCGAGUACGCCAACACUUCGAUGGCGAUGCUGAUGGUCGAGCAACACGCGGUAACGCCAACGAAAUCGAGCUCGGAGCAGUAUCUCGGUGAUCUCAUCUCUGGAACUUACUGCUCGAGAAUAUUCAGCGACUGCGACCAGAAGAAGUGCAGACUGCAGUCUCCGAACUUUCCCGGCCUUUAUCCGCGUAAUCUCACCUGUUACUACGCGGUGAGGCAGCACGAGGUACCGCCGGGGAAAUACGCCUUAAUCUCGGUCGGACAACCAAGAGGUCAAUUGGUCGCUGUAAGGUCUAGACCGGCGACGCAAGGCGAGUCACCGCCGCGCGAGCUCCACCUCUGGCAAGAUUGCGACGUCAUUCAGGAUUACGUGACCGUCUACGACGGUUAUACCACGAGGGAUCCGGUGAUACUAAAAUUCUGCGGUGGCGGAGAACCAGUGCCCGAGGCAACGAGUAGCGGACCAGAAAUUCUCGUAGAGUUCACAACGUCCCCUUACGGUACCUUUCUACAUUCGACGCCGCAACGCUCCCUUCACGGAUUCCAAUUGGAAGUCCAGGUGAAAUUCGUCGACGCCGAUUCCCCGACGUACGCGAAGAACAAGCGGUGCGAGUUUUGGCUGAAAGGUAACAGCGGAGGGGUGCUAGAGUCUCCGCGUCACUCUCUACCGAGGAACAGUAGCUGUCUCUAUCAUUUGCGCGGUGCCGGACCCGCUUUGCCCAGUCCCACGCCUCCGCGCCCUUUACCUAAAUUCCCGGAGCAACGUCCCGGUACGGUAUGGCGGAGACCGGCACCGGUCCCGCCGCAACCGCAGUUCCGCGUGUGGUUGUCGAUUUUAAAGUUUCACGUCGGUAUCACCGCUUCCGCCGGCACCGACGAGGAUUGUUCGACGACUCUGAUGGUUUGGGACGGAGAAAUGAUGCCCCUUGGGGAAUGCAACGAAGCUUGCGAGAAGGAACGUCAAAGAUACAUCGAGAGGCUCGGAGAAGCGACUUCGCAAGUCGUCGCACGUCCCGCAAACAACACGACUCUCCUCGCCAGAUAUUGCAAGGAUAAGGUUCCAAGGACUUGCGAUCACGCGAUUCUUCAAAACGUCAGUCGUCCUUGCUCCCUCGGAGAAAGCUUCGUAUCGUCCGGCAACAGCUUGACCAUUGAGAUGCGCAUGAUCGAGUCCACGGCUCUCAGGCCCGUCAACUUUCGAGCUCUCUACGAGUUCGUCGAUCUCCAUCAGGACGGCGAAGCUUACGGCAGCGGACCGUGCUCGCGUGCCUUUUACAGCCGAAAUCGGGACACCUAUCCCGAUCGUAGGUUUCAAGGACCUCGCGAUAUUUUCCUCUACGGUCGUGGUGGAUCGAAAAAUCUUAGCUGCGUGUACCGCUUCGAGGGUGAACACGACGAGGUCGUCAAGCUGCGGUUCAACAGACUUCUCAACGGCAACCGAACCUGUCGCAGCGUUUCCUCUUCCGAUUUCAAUCGUCUCCUUUGCAUCGGAUCCGAUAACUUCUCCCUCAAAGUGCUCGAUCUCCCAUGGCCUAACGCACCAGCCGUUCAACGCGACUGCUUUUGCUCGAAUCGUUCUCUACCAAUGAACGUUAAGUCCAGCUCCAACAUCGUCGAGGUACACCUGACGGUAACGUCUAUGAACGCUCUGGACGACUACAACAACAUCUUCUUCGAGGGUACUUGGGACUUUGUCAAAACGUCGCCGUGUUUACAAAAGCGCAGAGUGAGAGGGCCUUCGGGGGUGAUCAAAUACAGAUGGCCGCUCAUCGACGAGGACGAGAGAAACUGCGAGAAGCAUCCUUGGCUGAUCGACCCGGCUCCAGGACAAUAUCUCUAUGUGCAAACGCACGGCUCGAUCAUGACGAAUCGCAGCAAGUGCGCGACGAAAAACCGUAUCGUUCUGCACAGCGGAGGGAACAUUCGCGCUUUGGUGUGUCCGAAGCCGAUCGAAGAUUCCAGGCAGCAGAUCGUGGAAAUUUUUAGCGAUGGCUGGUCCGUCGGUAGCGCCGAUUUCAUUCCGGUACCUAGUCUAGAUCCCGUUAGAACGAUCACCGUGGAGUUUUUGAUCAGCGAGCCGGAACCUUACGGCGUCACGUGGCUCGAACUUACCAGAAGGCCAGCUACUACGUCUACGGCCGGACUACAAAUGGCCCGAGACUGCGAGCAACGAUGUCCCGAAUUGGACGCGUGCAUAAACGCUUCCCUUUGGUGCGACGGAAUAUCCCACUGUCCCUCGGGCUACGACGAGGCUUUGACGCAUUGCUCGGUGCUCCUUCGAUUGCCACCUUUGCAUCUUGGCCUCGGAGCUUUGGCUAUUCUCACGAUCCUCGCGGUCAUCUUCCUCGUUAUCUGGCGAAUUUGUCGGCAACGGACCAGUCGCUCGAUAUCUCAGCACCGAUUGAAGAGCAUAUCCUCGGAGACGGCGAUAAUCGAGGGAAAGGAAGUGAUCUGCUGACACAGCGACAGUUCUGUGCGAUACGUCGAGGUCGACCGCGUUACCACCGUGUGACGAUCGCCAUCAUCCUUCGCCUCCGCCUCCUUCGCCAUCCGUUUGAUGUCAAUGCCUUUGUCAUCGUCGGUCAAGCUUUCAAGGAGUCUUCCUUCGGAACGGCUUAUACGCUGCUUUUCCUUUCGAGCGUACGACUCUUUGAACUGCCUCGGCGCGGCGUAACGCGCAGAACUCUGUCUCCUCUGCUUUACGAUUAACGAACUGAACGAACUGAGCGAACUGACUUUCAAAAGUAAACGACGACGACGACGACGACGACGACGACGACGACGGUCGACUGCUCGCUGGCUCGGAUCGUGAUCGAAAUUCUUUGACAGAACGGAUCUCGCGUAUUUCUUUUUCCUCCGUGCGCGAAAGCUCGUGUCCCGUAAACGUUUAGAUGUCUUCAAAGAAACGACAAAAUUGACGUACUCGAAGGAAGGAGGAAAGAAUACCAAACGCACGCCUCCCUCUCAAUCAACUUGGAACGAGAUCCAAAGAGUACCGGGUUUCUCAAACUUUUGCAACGUCGUUCCGGCUUGAGUAAACCUGAGAGAGGGAGAGUUAGAUAAAUAGAUAGAUGGAGAGAGAGAGAGAGAGAGAGUAAUAGUAGCGCGUCGGAGGUACGAACUCGAGACUAAAGUCCCGUUUACGUUACACCACGGAGAAGCCGCGAUGAAUGACCGAACUGUUUUAACGAGGACAAUAAGUAAUAAAAUCCUAGUAAUAUCGCACCGUUACGGUAGUAUAGAUUUUCGCGUAUCAGGACGGCGCGACGUCUCGCUGAACCUUACGAGCAUCGAUAACUUCGAUAUCGCCAACUGUUUCCUUCCUUGGUGUUUCCUACGAUAACGAAAUAAGAAAAGUUACUCGAACGAUCAUUUCUAAAUUCAAUUACCGAUCGCAUUCGCUCUUUAUUUAAUAGCCCAAAGGUUCAUCGAUACUCUCGGCUCGAUCCUAGAUACGUAUAUUCGAAGAAGAAGUAAUUCGAGAAUGAUCCGAGACAUCGAGCACUUGACGCGUUUAACGUAAAAUUAAAAAAAAGAAAAGAGAGAAGAGAAAAAGAAAACUAGCUGGCCCUUCGUCGAUUCUGGAAUAAAACGCAAAGAGAAAGAAAGAGAACUUAACGGGAUGAAAAUGUCAUUCUAUUUCCUCUAGAGAUAUCGACCAAACUACAAACUACAAAAAGUAUCUAUAAAAAAGUAUGUGUGUGCGUGAGAGAGAGAGAGAGAGAGAGAGAGAGAGAGAGAGAGAGAGAGAGAGAGAGCGAAUUAAUCUUAUUCGAUUAUUAAUCGAUUUUAAGCGACGUGACUUUCGAUUCGAGGGGCUGGACGAUGCGGUCGGUAGAAAUCGCGUAGUUUGAAACGAUGUGAUAAAUAUAUACGAUGCUGUUUUCCUCGAAGCUGUGCUUCGAAAUUAUUGUUACGUCCGAUGACGCGACGUCGACGAAAAAGAAAAAGCUGAAUGGAGAAUUUCUCAAAGGUUCGAAAAAAAUGGCAUCGGCGUCGUUGUCACGGCUUGUACACCAUGUUCAUAAUUGUAAAUAAUCGAUUAUUGACCUAUUUAUAUAACGGUUGAAAAUGCUACACACGUGCACGCGUUUGCCUCCGUUCGCGAACAUUGGCGUCGCGAGUUAUUUUAUUUAUUUCACUGGCAGAUCUCUGUAGUAACGCAACGCAAUGCAACGCAACGCAACGGAGAACGGCACCGUGCCGCUUCACUACUAAUCGAUAAGUACUACGAAUUUCGAGGUGAAGAGAGAAACGCGAAUUCUUCGAAAGGGAGAAAGGAAAGACGCGCCAAAAAAAAAAUACGAUAAAGACAAGAAACAGCAAAUUCGAGCGAACGAGACACCGGUUGCGAUCGAUUCGGAAUUAUCCGUCAAAUAUAUACAUGUACUAUAUGUAUUUUCAGCUAGCCAAAAUCACCGCCAUUCUUUUCAUGAUUAAGUAUAAGUAAAAGUUAAUUGGCGAAGGGUCGCGUUACGACGCUAAAAAAAAAGAAGAAAAAAGAAACGACCCUCCACGACACGUUGAAAGAGGACAAUCUUGCGAUAUCGACCGUUCCUACCGGUCGGUAGUGAGUAUCGUUUUCGGCCGAAAGAAAUCGAUACGCGCGCCUAUUAUUUUUUAAAUCGUUACUUAUCGCUCCUUCUUCUUCUUCUUCUUCUUAUUAUUAUUAUUAUUCCUUUUCUUCGUUCGAUAAGCCAAAUUCGCAAAAUCCGCUAAACGGUAAUUAACGAAACUCACGCAAAUCCAUUUAUUUUAUCGAUAUCGAUCCAGAGAACAUAAGACUGAUGGUACUUCGAAACACUUGCUUCAACGUCAAUGAACAUUUCUUUUUUUCAUCGUGAAAUAUCAACGAAAAUGUGAUCCUCCAAACUGCCAGGUAUUCGUACUCGAUACGUAUGUAUGUACGUAGAGAGAAAUUUUUUUAGUAAAAAUCCAUCGAUAUUCGAUCGGUAUUCGAGCCGAGAAAAAUCAGGGAGUCCGUUUGAAAAAUCAGCGGUUCGUUUUCUUCGGUCCGAACGACGAACCGAUAAAACGAAGCUCCGGAUAGCGCGAAGAAUUUUCUCGGUAGGAAAAAGAAAAAAAAAUUACAAAAAAAUUGCUUAAAAUUUAAAAAAAAGGAAGGAAAGAAAAAGGAAAUUUUAUUUCAAACGAACAAACGUGUCGUGCGUCGACGAUGUGCACACGUACCAACGUUUACAUGUUCUUUUCGAGACGUCGCGACGAGCGAGCAUAAUUAACUAACGAAGAAACAGGGUCGGCUCGAGCACGAUAAUUUGCGUGCACGCGCGUUAUUAUGCCUUUGUUCUUUCUACCGUACUUGGGAGCUUUUCCGUUAAAGCUCCGAAUCGGCCGAAGAAAGCAGCACAAACCGUUCGAUAUACGAGUAGGAGGUAUUCCAAUACCGUAACAUCGGCCUUUUUGUGUUUUUGUCCGCGACGAUUGCAACGGGAGAUAUGAUUUACGUACUUGUUAAUACUUGCAAAAGGCACAAAAUAAUUUUAGAAUAAGCGUCGCAUUGUCGGGAAGAUAUUUCUCUUUUUUGUCAAAUUAUCAUCCGAGACAGACUCGAAUAACUCGAACGUCUAGAUUAUGAUUUGAUCGAAGAUAGGCAUUCGAUCGAGGAGGAUAAUUUUUCGAAAACGAUAAUAUCGAGAUCUUUCGAGAACGUAACGUUCUUUGGAGUGGAAUAAAAGAAGAAAAAAACAGAGGGGGAGAGAGAGAGAGAGAAAGACGAAAACGCGUCAACUUGUAAGUGGAGGGUCGUUCGCGAACUCGCUGAAGAACCUCGCGUGUAUCGAUCGUACGAGCGCACAGCAACCAGAAACAACGAGGAACAACGGUCAUUCGAGCGCAAAACUUGGUGCGACGAGCGCUCUCGUCACUCGGUAACAAGGGAAACUUCGUUAGGACGUCCUUUUUGCCCUUUCGCCUUCGGUCCCUUCCUUUUUCCACUACUUUGCAACGCACACCGCAACGCAUUGCAAUUUACCUUAUCGAGCGCGAACGAUGUCACGUACGAUACUCGAUAAUAAUUUCUUCGAAUCUCAAUUUCGUUAUCAUUUCUGUAAUCCCGUCCUCUCGCUUUUUCAUUACUCCUCGACGAACGAUGCGCCCCGAUCCCGGGGAGAUUCGGAAGGAUUCGGGAUUUCACCAAGCUCCUCUCCUGUAAAUAGUUUUCUUCUAGUCCGUAAGAAUUUUAAAUGCUCUAGAAAAGCCGAGUGUAAGCCGCAUAAUACAAAUAUUAUUAAAUAACAUUAAUAAUAAUAACAACAAAAUACAAAUAAAAAUGAAAUAAAAAUAAAAAUAAAAAUAAUAAUAAUAAUAAUAAUAAUAAUAAUAAUAAUAAUAAUAAUCACGUAGACGAAUAGUCGUUAUUAUCACGAUGUGAACCAUAUCCAGAAACGCGUUUAUUGUUGGAUCGUUUAAACGCGGCAGCGAAGAAAAAUGAUUCUUUUGUCUCGCCAACGUUAUGAUAAAAUUGGCAAACGAAUCGAAUGGAAUCGAAUGAGAUAUUGUUUUAGAAGAUUUUUACAACGAAAUAAAUGAAACGUCGUUUUUUGGAAAUAUUCUAUCGCACUUGGUCGUUGAUGUUUCACUUUUGAAACAAUAUCUUACUCGAUAUUCUCUCCUGAAAAAAUCAAAUGACCGUAAGCUCGAACGAGUAACUAUGCGAUUAGCGCAAGUUCAAUAUUCUCGUUCGCUCUCUUUCGAGUUUGAAGACAAAAGUAGGAAAUUAUAUAUAUAUAUACAUACAUACAUAUAUAUGUGUGUAUAUAUAUACGUACGAGCGUGUACAUAUGUAUAGGAUGAAAUGGACAUCGUGCUACCGAGACGAAUAGUAAUACGCGCGUUUCACGAUUAUAGAUUGAUUUAUAUCGUCGUCUCUCUCCCUUAAUUUAAUUUCGUAAAUUAAGUUUAGAGCUCACCGACUGAUUCUACUAAAGGUUUAUAAUCGCACAGAACUUUUAUGAGUUCAAAGCUCGUCUUCAAAGACUGCCGAAAAACGCUUAUUAUUUCGAAUCAUCGAUCUUACGCGAAUCUUCGUGUCCGUUCAUCGUAAUUACGAAUCUCUCUAUCGACGUUAGCGACGAUGACGCGCGAGUGUACUGCAUACACGAUUUGGCACAAAUUCGAUUCGUCCAAUCGUUUUUGCUUCCUUCCUCUUUUUCUUUUUCUUUUUUUUUUCUUUUCCAUACGAUACGACCAAGGACAAUUUUCACAUUGACCGAACUCGUUUUCUACGUUCGUAUAUGUUACCAAGCUAAUGCGUUUAAUCCUAAAGGAGUGUUAGUACGAGAAACUUUGGAAAAUGAUUCGAAGGCGAAUAAUCUCGCCGUUCCAAUUCCAACGAUUUGUCGUCUGGUUUGACAAAUACUUACAUGUAUCGCGAAAUAAUGAAAUCGUUCGAUCGACUAUAUAAACAAACGCCCAUUUGUCGCUAUGUAACAAAGGAAAGGAAAGAAGAAUGUAAGUAAUAGAAACAUCGACGGGCGUAUUCGAUCGUAUUCUUAAACUUCUUCGGUAUGGCGCGAAGACGAUUAUUAAACAUUAUUCUAAGAAAGACCAAAUUAUACUCUCGAAACUUUCGCAGCAGUAAUUUAUAUUAUUAUCUCUUAGCAGCGAAACGUAUUGUUUUUAGUGCAUGCUUGUGCACUAUGCGACAGUAAGGGAAAAUUAGAAAAGUAAACAAGUAAAACAAAAAAGGAAAAAAUAAAACAAAAAAAAGAACAAAAAAAAACAAAAAAGAAAAUAAAACGAAAUAAAAACACUCAUGCAUGAAGAUCUCUUUCGAUGGACGCUCGAUUAGUACGGCGAAAAUCAAGGUCAGCAAGAAAUCUGACAAUAAACUGACACGAAUGGCAAACGCAUACGCGCGCGCGUACUUACUCGACACUAUCGCAAAGCCACGGACGCAAGCACACGUACACGCACGCAGGCACACACACACACACACAACACACACACACACCCGAGCAGACACUCCUCGUAUGCGCACACGACACGAAUGUUUCUUAGUAUAUGUAUGUAUAACCUAGAAACAGGUUCGAAGAUCAGGUGACACGAUUCGCGCUGUCCGAUCGUCAUCGUACAGCAACGACGUCGCCGUCUCGAUCCUACGAAUGAUUCACAGAUCCGAUUUUUCCCAUGAUCCAAAAAGAUACGAAUUUCUCUUGGACUCUCUCGUUCGAAGAAGCGACAUCGUACCACCUGAUCUCGACGUACUACAUACGACAUAUUGUACCACGAUCAUUCCUUCUACCGAUAACAAAGAAUUCUAACGAGCAAUCAUUGAGCAGUUACAUACAAUAAAACUAGUAAAUACACCAAAGACGUGCUCGUAUAUGCAUACGUACAAUGUGCAUACAGUUAUUAAUUAUACCGUUACUAAUUACCGAUUCGUAUAUCGAAUAUGCGACAUUUUUAAUAAAUUAUUUUGAAGAUUG